AUGAGCUACUCUCGCUUUACACAAUACGUACAUUACAUUUACCCUGGCGUGAGACUUACGAGAACCGCUGAGGAUCUUUGUGACUGCUGUGUUCGCCUCGAUAUUUUUCUUCAACAACCCGAUCUAUCGGAGGAUGAGAUACAAGCAAUUUUACUCGAGAAAAAAACACACAUCGACGAAGCCAUCGCCCAGCGCCGAUUUGUUUCUUCCUUUAUCAAAGAAUACAUCACUUUACAUGCACCUAACCAGUCGAUUCCGAAUGAGAUUAUUCCGGACACCAUACAAGCAGAUGAUUAUGGUGGAGGAAUUUCGAUGCCGUACUACGGCCAUUCCCGUCCGUCUGCAGACUAUUUCAACAGCAAUUUAAUGAUUCAAAACUUUGUCGUUGCCGACAUAACCCACGGAAUCAACAACGUUUAUUUCUAUGAUGAACGUGGCCAAGACAAAAAUGCAGAUGUAUUAUGCAGUCUCCGUCUUUUGUACCAUUUAAAAACUAUUCAACGCAAUGCAUGCAAUGGCGUUACUGCAGCUGAAGUGAGUUUCAGCUUGCUGGACAACUGCGUUGGUCAAAACAAAUCCAAAGUAGUGAUGAUGUUUUUUGCAAUGCUGUCGAUUAUUAUUCCCUACAAGAAGGUAGUAUUGUGCUUCCUACUACCUGGUCACUCGCACAACAUAGCCGAUCGGGUGUGA